CAUUUUGGAGACAGCUGAAAUGUCUCUCUUUUUUUUUUUUUUUUUUACUGAAGUAGCCUAUAGGGCUAGGUAAACAAUUAAACAUUUUUGAUGUGUUUAUUUUCAUUUUAUUGUAUGUUAUCUUUGACCGAACUGUCAAAGAUAAAAUUCAAACAUAUCAAAACAUUCAAAACCAAACCAAAUAUUGUAAUUCAUUAUUUUUUUAAUACAUUUAUAAGAUUUCAAAUAUGUGACAACUUGCCCCAAGCUGGCAUGUAAAAGUGUAACCUUUAAGCUAAGGUCAACUUUCCUCAUAUAGUACAAUGCUCUUAUUUUAAAGGUGGUAAUGCUGUUUGUGGAAAAUGUUUCAUAUAUUAUUCCUCUUAAAUUUCAUCUGUCAGUUAAAUCUUUUGAUGAUUUUCAUACACUGUCUGGAUAUGGUGAAUAAAUGCAAACUAUUUCAGGGCUCAUUUUACAUCGACUGUUUAGGCAAAUGUAGUCAAAUGCUGUAAAACUGCCUCAGUUAAAGAUGUAAAGUACAUGGCAAAAGGAAAGACUGCAAACAUCACCUUUUUGUUUGGCUUCAUGAACUGACUGAUGCCAAGGCUUGAAUUCAGCAUAAACUAAUUCUAUCAACGUUCUUUACUUCUUUGACUUUCUUUACGUUCUGUUGCAGAAGCAAGCUAAGAAUAAUGGGAAACUUUCGGUACCUCUCUGUUUUGAUAGUGAUGGCUAUCUUUAAGUGUGAGGGUAAAAAACAUGUCAGCAUCUUUGAAACCCUCAGUUACAAGUAUAUCAAACACGACUGGAUGGAGAAAAUAGAAGAUAACAAGCUUCUAUCAGCUAUAUCGAUCCCUGGAACACACCAAAGCAACAAAUACUUAAAAACAUCCACACCAAUGUUUCAAGCAUGGGGACUGCACAACCAACUGGACGCAGGCAUACGUUUUUUUGAAAUGCACGUGUCUUCCGACAGCAUCAAGUAUGUUAAGACUGGAAGCGUCCAGGAAACAGAGACCCUUAUUUAUGUUCUGAAAACUCUGCUGACAUUUCUUGUGAAACAGAAGAAAGAGGCAGUGUUGCUUAGAGUGACUCCAGAUGAGGGUGCUGUUGCUCAAGUCAUAAAUGAAUUAAGUCGUCAUGAAAUUUCUUUGUGGAGAGACAAAGAGAUUCCAACAAUGGGCCAGGUGAGAGGCAAGAUAGUCUUGAUUCAGAGUUCAACAUUAGAAUUAGGACUUCCUGUCCAUAUAAAAGAACUGGAUGCAAACAUGGAUACAAAAGAAACGCAAAUGAGACAAAAUAUCAAGUCAGCUUCAGAAGAGUGUGAUCAUGAGCUGAGGCUCACAUACACUGGGGCCAAAGGAGAAUCAGAGGAGCCCCUAGAAAUUGCAAAAACACUGAAUAAACAAGUUGAUGAUUAUCUGCUUGAUCUAAAGGGGGGCGCCAAUAGACCACAUUGUGUAGGCAUAAUUGCUAUGGACUUCCCUGGUCCAAAGGUCAUACAAACAAUCAUCGAUUUUAAUGGAAAAUUAGGAGAGGAGUCACAGAAAGUAGGUGACAUGGGUAGCAAUGAAGAUGUUGCUCUACCUGAUUCAUCCUCUUCAGAUGAGCAACAUCAACAAGAUGAAUCUCAGUCCACAGACAGGGAAUCGUCAAAAGACGAACAUCCAGCAGAUGAUGGAGGAACUCCUCCAGCAGAUGAUGGAGGAACCCCUCCAGCAGAAGAUGGAGGAACCCCUCCAGCAGAUGAUGGAGGAACUCCUCCAGCAGAAGAUGGAGGAACUCCUCCAGCAGAUGAUGGAGGAACCCCUCCAGCAGAUGAUGGAGGAACUCCUCCAGCAGAUGAUGGAGGAACUCCUCCAGCAGAAGAUGGAGGAACUCCUCCAGCAGAUGAUGGAGGAACCCCUCCAGCAGAUGAUGGAGGAACCCCUCCAGCAGAUGAUGGAGGAACCCCUCCAGCAGAAGAUGGAGGAACCCCUCCAGCAGAUGAUGGAGGAACCCCUCCAGCAGAAGAUGGAGGAACCCCUCCAGCAGAUGAUGGAGGAACCCCUCCAGCAGAUGAUGGAGGAACCCCUCCAGCAGAAGAUGGAGGAACUCCUCCAGCAGAUGAUGGAGGAACUCCUCCAGCAGAUGAUGGAGGAACCCCUCCAGCAGAUGAUGGAGGAACCCCUCCAGCAGAAGAUGGAGGAACCCCUCCAGCAGAUGAUGGAGGAACUCCUCCAGCAGAAGAUGGAGGAACUCCUCCAGCAGAUGAUGGAGGAACUCCUCCAGCAGAUGAUGGAGGAACUCCUCCAGCAGAAGAUGGAGGAACUCCUCCAGCAGAUGAUGGAGGAACCCCUCCAGCAGAUGAUGGAGGAACCCCUCCAGCAGAUGAUGGAGGAACUCCUCCAGCAGAAGAUGGAGGAACUCCUCCAGCAGAUGAUGGAGGAACCCCUCCAGCAGAAGAUGGAGGAACCCCUCCAGCAGAAGAUGGAGGAACCCCUCCAGCAGAUGAUGGAGGAACCCCUCCAGCAGAAGAUGGAGGAACCCCUCCAGCAGAAGAUGGAGGAACUCCUCCAGCAGAUGAUGGAGGAACCCCUCCAGCAGAUGAUGGAGGAACCCCUCCAGCAGAUGAUGGAGGAACCCCUCCAGCAGAAGAUGGAGGAACCCCUCCAGCAGAUGAUGGAGGAACUCCUCCAGCAGAUGAUGGAGGAACCCCUCCAGCAGAUGAUGGAGGAACCCCUCCAGCAGAAGAUGGGUUAACUCCCCCAGCAGAAGAUGGAGGAACUCCUCCAGCAGAAGAUGGGUGUGACUGA